AUGGUUCGGGCAAAGCGAACUGGUGCCGUCGCGGCGUCAACACCAUCGAUCGGUCGACCCACGACGCCGAAUGCACCAGCGCCAGCCGUACUGCUUCCAGAGAAGUCGGCCGCACAUGUGGCGAAGAAUGCUGAAAACACGGUGGAGUUCCUGCAUCGCACGAUGGAGGCCGAGGGGUUCUGGACUCCAAACGCAGAUUUGGCCGUGUACUUGAGGCAGCCUCUGCUCAGUCUGCACUCGAUGGGCCGCGACGAAAUCAACGUGAUAUGGACGACCAUGCUGGUGCUGAUCCAUUGCAUGACCAACCUCGUGGAUUACCAUCAGUACUGGAUGAAGCUGGCCGACACGGCGCGGGCGUGGCUGUUCCGGCAGCCGUUUUUCGAAGUUGCUUAUGUGGAUUUGAUCAAACGAGGGUGUGUUCUCAUGGGCGGAGUAGACCCAAAAGCUAUGCUCGCGUCCGUGUUCUCGAAGGACGGCAGCACCACCGACGUGGACGCCCUGCUCGAACCACGACGUUGUGGGAAUUGGGUUGACAUGUACUUGGACACGCCCCCAUACUCCAAGUACUAUUGGAACCAAGUGACGAAUGAAACGCGAUGGGAUCACCCCAGCGAGUAUUCCACGACUCAGCCCAGUGCUGCUGAACGAGAGGCGCAAGUCCGGGCUCAAGUGCUGGCCACUGCCAAAGCCGAACGGGUGGCUAAAGUGCUGCCCAUGCGAAUUACCAUCAACCGCAAGCCAUAUAUGCCACCGAAACCAGAGGCGUGUGAAUCUUGCGUGGCUAAGGAGGCCAAGACCGCGUCCGUGUUCUGUCAAGCCUGUGACUUGUAUCUAUGCGAUGGAUGCUGUGACGCCAUGCAUCUGCAUCCGAAACGAGCCAACCAUUGCGACGCGGACUUUCGAUUUGCAGUGUGUGUAGGGUAUAUGGGGUUUCCAUACAACCGCCACAAAAAGAAUUGA